CUUUCGGGCAUCGCUCCUCUCGCUGGUCCCUGGCAGCAGCAAGUGGCUCUCACGAUGGCGAAGGUUUCACUGUCAGUGGUUAUCGCUAUAAUCAGCUGCGUAGUGGCAGAGCCGCCAGUGGGAAGACAGUAUCUACCUCCUGCUCAACGAAAUGGUGGACUACCAUUUGGAUCUCUUCUCUCCGGCAGAAACGGCGCGCUAUCAGCGAGAUACGGGGCACCCUCUCCCUCCGCUGGUGCGUUUGGUCGUGGUUACAACUCUCCUCUCUCGUACAACAGUCGCCUGAACAUCCCCAGCUCCAUCUCCACACAGUACGGUGUUCCCAGCGGGGUUCCUGCGGCCACGUCUGCCUUCAACGCUUUCAACGCUCCCGUUCCUGCCGGCCCUUUGGCUGGCCCCGCCUUCCUGUCCGCCCAGUACGGCGCUCCCGCCGCCUCCAGCAGGUUUGGUGGAGUGAACGGUCUCUCCACCCAAUACGGUGCUCCCGCCGCCUCCAGCAGGUUUGGUGGACUGAACGGUCUCUCCGCCCAGUACGGCGAGCCCGCCGCCUCCAGCCGGUUUGGUGGAGUGAACGGUCUCUCCACCCAGUACGGCGCUCCCGCCGCCUCUAGCAGGUUUGGUGGAGUGAACGGUCUCUCCACCCAAUACGGUGCUCCCGCCGCCUCCAGCAGGUUUGGUGGAGUGAACGGUCUCUCCGCCCAGUACGGCGAGCCCGCCGCCUCCAGCCGGUUUGGUGGAGUGAACGGUCUCUCCACCCAGUACGGCGCUCCCGCCGCCGGAAGGUCUGGCCUCGCCAACACGUACGGCGCCCCCGCCGACUUCUCCCGCAACUCCGGACUGCCGGCCGCCCAGUACGGCGCUCCUCUCGCCGGCUACAGCGCCCAGGAGGACCCUCUAGCCGAGCCCGCCAACUACCAGUUCUCGUACGCCGUGCAGGACGAGGAGUCGGGUAGCGAGUUCGGGCAAGAGGAGACUCGGCAGCUGGAGACCGCCCAGGGCUCGUACCGCGUGCUGCUGCCGGACGGGCGGCUGCAGGUGGUGGAGUAUCAGGCGGACGAGGAGGGCUACAAGCCCGAGGUGCGGUACGAGGAGACGGCUGUGUCGCGGGGCGCCGGCGGGCCGUACCCCGCCUCCAGGGCGCUGCAGGGACCGUACUGACACGUGAAGCACCGGUACCUGGUCCAUGACGGUCUUUAUAUUAAAGCGGACACGAUUAUUUUUUUGUGUUUUGUAUAUAUGCAGUAAUAUUCUCGAACUGCACUUAAUUUAUGUAUUAUUUAUGUGAAAAUAAAUACAGAUAUGUUAUAAAAGAAUGAAA